AUGCGGGAAUUAGCAAACCUACUCGGCUUGGCACCCGAGGCUCAACAGGCGCCUCUUGCGUCAACCUCAGCUCAUCAACUUCCCCCAACCAUUCUCAUCAGCCAGCCCCAGAGCUCUCCUGGCCCUCAACCAUUUCAGGUAGCUCAACAAUAUUACCAUUACAACUCGACGCAGAGCGCACCGCUACCUGUUGCGGGGCCCUCAAAUAGCUUAUCGCAGCCUGCCCAGUGGCAGUCUACACUUACUCCAAUGCUGCAACAUUUCACAGCAUCAAACGAAACAUUUGUGCAGCCGGGACAGCAAGAUAAUUGCAAUCCGACGGAGAGCGCGUCCGCGGCUGCGGGGCCGUCAAAUAACUUUAUCAGACCGGAGCCUGUGCAGUGGGAAUCCACACUCAUCCCCAUUCUUGCACACUUUUCGGAGCAUGAAACACAGGGGAGAUCAGGACAGAGACGUCUCAAUACAACAUGGAAUGAGAGUGCAUUCCCAACAGCGGGACCUUCCUCUCUGUCACCGGCAAAUAACCAACUGGCCCCAGGGUUCACUCCAGCGCGUGAAACCGAUGAAAUGAACAUUGAAACAACGCGCCAAGGAUCCCAGAGCCAUCAAAAAAACCCUGCAUUAACGCAGGAAGAAACUCGAGUGGAGACCAUGAUGAGAUGUCCCUUCGGUGAUUGUACUUAUACAGUCACACUGAAGAGAUUCUCGAACCUGAAGGCUCAUAUGAUGGCUCAUCAGGACCCGAAACCCAUUGAAUGCCAAGUAUGCCAGCUCCGACAUGCGUACUACCGGCCCAACGAGCUUAAAGAGCAUGUGGAGAGCCUGACCGAUCCAAAGUCGGGUCAACCACUCCGACUCCGGUUCGACAAGAAGUUGCACAUGCGACAAAAGUCAGAUGAGGAGCUCUCGCACGAGCUGCGCACCUUCGGCUUCAUGUGUGCACUUUGCGAAAGUAUGCACACCUCAGCAGCCGAGGUAGAAGCCCACUUGGGCUUCCACCACGGACGCAGCCAGCAAACGGAAGUUCUUAUUCAUCAAAGAACCCCGGAUGAAAUGGAGAGGGCUGUGAAUAAGUUUGAGCAUCUCUUGGGGUUGACGACAUGGCUUGUCGAGGAGUGCAAACGCUUGAAAAAGCAAGAUGGGAAUCGAUAA